AUGUUAGCAUGCUGAUCCAUUUUCCUCACACUCUCUCAUUCCUGCUGCCCUUUUGCAGUGCUUAAUGAAGUUGCAGUCCUUGCUAGCACGCCGCAUCUCUUUUUCCGCUGCUAAUAAUGCACAGACAGCAGUGGAGCUGCCCUGCCCGACUAUUUAUAAACUCCACAGUGGGCGAAUAAACCCUGGUGGCCAGCUAGCAUGCAUACGGAAGGAAAGAAACCUAUAGCAGGGUGCAACGGAGCAGACUGAUGCCCCCUGCCACCUCUGGACUGGGCGUCUCAUGCAGAGAGGGCACUGGGACUAGGGUGAACGAAAAAGAGAGAGAGUGUAAGAGAAAGAGAGAGAGAGGGAGCAGGAUAGACUUAUAGGAGAGACAGCAGAGAGCAGCAAGUGACGAGUUGAAUCUAAAAAAAAAAAAAAAAGCUGUAACACUUUCGCCUGCAAACGAAAUAUCUUUCUGCAGCCAUCAGUGGAUCACAGGAACCGUAGAGGAAGGCGUGAGCAAUGUUUUCCGCUCUCCAUCCACUGAAGCGCUUUCUCUGAUUAACUGAAAUAAAGAUGACUGUGGUGAACCCAAGUACUCUUGGUCUGGUGGACAGUUCCCAUCCCCAAGCUGUCCUCAGUCAUCUUAGUGAACAGCGAUCACAAGGUCUGUUCUGUGAUGUAAUAAUUGUUGUGGAGGAUGUCAAAUUCCGCGCUCACCGCAACAUACUGGCUGCCACAAGUGGAUACUUUCGUAAUGCAUUCAAAACGCCUGAUGUCUACACGUCCAGCCAGGUGCUGGAGCUAACAGACCUGAGAUCUGAGGUCUUUGGUAGCAUUCUAAACUUCAUUUACAAUGCCAGAGUGGAGUCAAGUAGUACAGAGGACAAAAACUCACUGGUGGCAGCUGGAAAGCGUUUAGGAAUUCCCUUUCUGGAGAAAUUGCUAGACUCUGAAAGAAAGUGCUCAGGUCUCUUGCAAGGCCAAGCGUCUUCAAGCUGCAAAAGAUCAAACAGUCAGUCAAAAUUGGCAGAAACAUGCACACUGAAAAAAGAGAUCCUAAAACCAGAGGAGUUAGAAUGCUCAAAGGGCCCAAGGAUAACCAAUGCUUUCUCCAUUACUGAGGUUGGGACAGUCCACGACCCAUUUUCAACACUGGAUCAGCGUAACAAAGUUAUUGAGGAUUUUGAAGAAGGACAUCCUCCUUCCAGUUCCCAAGAUACAAGCAUAUCAGCAAUAGAGAGUGAGCCUGCCCAUGCCCUAAAUGAGCACUCAUAUGCAGUCAGUCAGGGGCAGGAAACUAAAGAGGUUAUCCAGGAGAAUGAUAAUGGAACCAUCAUACCUGCCGUGCCUCCAGCAAAGACUGUGGUUGCUCAUAGACUUGGACCUAUAAAAAAGCGUCGUUUACCUAACAAUAUUCCAUCUCUCUCAAGUCAGACAGGAGGAACUGUGUCCACAAUCGCUGGCACAUCUGCAGUGGAAAAUGCCACUGCUGCUUCGAUAUCUCCCCCUCAGUUGUCUUCAGAUGCAGCACCAGAGAUAGAUUCCAGUCUUGAUCUUUUGCCACCACUAGAUGUUACACCCUCUCAGGACGCUGAACCACCCUGCCUCAGUCCUCAAAAUACAGCUCAUGUCCCCACCUUCUGCUGCAAGCAAUGCCCUGAGACGUUUAAUGACUCAACGCUUCUCACCAUCCACAUGCAAAUACACAAGAGAUUUGUCAGUCAUUUGUUUUGCAAGUACUGCCGUAAAAAGUUUAUGCAUCUGAAAAGAUUGCGUAAUCAUGAGCAGGUUUGUGUGAAAUCCCUAAAAGGUCCAUCAGAGUUAGAGACAAAUAAUAAAGACUCUUUGAGAGUCCCAGACACCAAUAGUACGUAUAAUGCAAAUACAACACAACAGUCUUUACCUCCACCAGAUCUUAAUAUCCCUUUAAGUUUGGACCCCACAUCAACUUGUCCCCUUAAAAGGUCUCAGGAUCAAGUUAAUGGGACUGUAAAAACAAAUGGCACUUCAAGAACAUAUAAAUGUUCUGUAUGCAAACGGGCUUAUGUGACCCUUUCCAGCCUCAAAAGACACGAGAAUGUACAUUCAUGGCAUAGAGCCUAUCCCUGUCAUUACUGCAACAAAGUCUUUGCUUUGGCUGAAUAUCGAACCAAGCAUGAGAUCUGGCAUACUGGGGAACGCAGAUACCAGUGCAUUUUCUGCUUGGAGACCUUCUUGACUUAUUACAUCCUCAAGAAUCACCAGAAGUCCUUUCAUGGCAUUGACCCACAGCUGGCUGUCAAUAAAAAAUCUGCAAAUGGUGGACUGAAGAGUAGUGUCUACCCCAUAAAGCUCUACAGGCUUCUCCCAAUGACGUUUAGAAAGAAACGUUAUAAGUCAUACAGUCGGACGUACUCUGAGGGGACUGAGGACAAUGAUGAGUCAUACGGUGCACCACUGGGCAACAGUUCCCCCCACCCUCUCUUUGACAAUACAGUACCUACAACUAAUUCAGAUGUUGUCAGUGGUCAGUCAUUAUUUUCAAUGCCAGUUACAUUCAUGGCCACUCCAAAAAUGAUGGCAUCAGAAACUCCUCGCAUCAGCUUUGACAAACCAUGUGACCAAAACGUAGGAUUUAAUAUGCCAUCAGAGAUAGACCAACCCCUGAAACACAUCUCUACUGAUUUCAAGAAAAAGUCUGCUUUUGAUGGCAAAGGGUCACCUCUCUUCAGCUACAAAUUUACAGAUUCUUCAAAACCAGUGCAUAAAAGCACAGGGUCCUCUGUGACCGAAGGUGACAGAGAUUCUUCAGCAGAGAAAGGCAAAGAUAACAGCACAGACAUUCUUCCAUUCCUUAACAUACCAUCUGUCUGUUCCUUUGAAGGGUUAAGCAAGUUAAGUGAACUGUCAGCAGCGGCGCAGACCAUUGAAGACAUGGCUAAUCAGCUGCUGCAAGCAAGACCUGAGAGCAUAACACCAGAUCAACCUCCUGGUGGAAAGACAGAAACAUACAUUGCUAAACCUGCAUGUCCAGGCCCAUCAGUUGACAACCAAGUACUUCCCCUCUGCCAAAUAACAGUGAAAAUUGGCAACGAGGCUGUUGUACGUCGAAAAAUAAAAGGCUCUAACCUAUUUCCAAAGAAGAGGAAAAGGAAAAGCUGGAGACCAGAGGGCAUGGGUCAAAGCAGCCCUGCAGAGGAGAGUAUUGGAAGUCCAAGUUUGCGGCUGAGGGCAGAAGUCACAACCUCAGUAAGAGAAAAAGAAACAUAUGAUGACCCAAACGAUCCCGAAACUGAUGAACUCUGGCGUCCCUAUUACACAUAUAAGCCUAAAAAGAGGAGUAAGAAACUGAAAGGCAAACGAAUAAGAAUAAAACACAUGAGAUGCUACACUAGGCCUUUGUCACCUGAUGCCAGUGAUGAUUUCAGAGGGACACCAAUCUGUCCAAAUGAGAGGAUUUCAGCAGACAACUAUGGGGUCAGAAAGGAGCCGAGGCAUGGCAGCCAAAAAGAAGCUUUCGCCUGCCACAGCUGUGAGAGUUCUUUCUCUAGCCAGACCUCCCUCAGCAUGCACAUCAUCAGCUGCCAUCAGCCACGCUGCAGAAUAUGUGGUAAACAAUGUCCCCCUGAAGACACAUCCAGCACAGCUGGGCCCACUGCAGAGGAUAGUAGUGACUUUAUCUGCAAGAGCUGCACUGAGGAUGGCUCCUGUUUUAACUCAGAUGCGGCGUCCCACAGCCUAAGCAUGGAAAAGCGUUACAGAUGUUCUUACUGCCCACAGCGGUUCCUUUACCUUGCCACCAAGAAAAGUCAUGAGAAAAAACACAUUGAAAAGUCAGGUAAAGGACACAAUUGCAGGUAUUGCUCUAAGGUAUGUAAAUCAGCUGUGCUGUUGAGUGUACACGAGAGCAAGCACUUCAGGGCAGAAGAUGGAAAAGAUCCAGACAUGACAUGUAAAAUAACCAAAUCGUUUCCUACAGAUAAAGAGUGCAAAGGACAGAUCAAACCUGAUCCUUGGGAAAGCAUGUACACCUGCUCAGAAAUCAAGCCAAAAAUAGGGCAACCUAUGGAUAUAGAUACUGAGGGCAAAUAUCCUACACUCAAUAGUGUAUACAAAAAUACAUGCUUGUCAUAUCCCUAUGCAGGAGAUAGGUAUUUUCCCACCGAGAUUAAGAGGAAGACAUCAAAGAAAAAAAGCAUUUUGGAGCGUUCUAAAGGAUUUGGUUUUCAGGGCCACAGACAGGACUCAGUGAAAUGGGGCCAACAGGAUUGACCUCACAACACAGGUACAGCCAAGUAAAGUGCUGACUCUGUCAGUUAAGAAUGACUGUAACCAAAGGAACUUCCCAACAGCCUACAGUUGCUCAAGUCAGAGCUGCAUUUCUGUAAAGAGGAACUUCGUUUUCACGCCCACGGCAGGAAGGAAAUGCAUCUCCUGCUGAUGUCACAGUAUAAUGACGUAAGUGACAAGGCAGGCCUUACAACGUUUGAAAAACGUAGAAAGAAACGCACAUGAAAGUAUGAAGAGGUGACUUUGCAUUUAAGAAAAAUUGUGAUAUGUAAAUAUAGAGUAUUUUUGGUCACAGUAAACACUAUUGGUAGUUUUUCAUGUUUUUGUAUAAAGAAAAAGAAUGCUUUUAUUUUUAUAAGUUUUUAUUUGUCUAAGUCAUAUGGAUCUUCCCUAUUUUACUGCUCAUCGUGUUGUACUCUAUGCAUCAAAGGAAACCGAACAGCUAGCAGCACCUUACAGUGAAGAUAACUGCGAGUGAUUGUACUUUUAUUGUAACAUAAUUCCAUUAACCACAAUUUCAAUUUAUUUGUUGCACAAUGAUGCAUCACACAUGCAUUUUUUAUAGAAUAUAACUGAUUAUAGAGAUAAUAAAUGCUCGAAUUUAUUUUACACAAUAUACCAAAAGUGUUACCUUUCAUGUAUACAAUUUUAUUUCUUUUUGUGGAAUAUUUACAGCAAAUAAUGAAAUAAAAACAACAAGAAUAUCACAUCACAAGCCAUGUUAUUAAAUAAAACAAGAUCUUGUUAAAACACUUUUGAUGACGUUACAUUUAACAUAUGAAAACCAAACUGUAAGAGAUAUGUGAACAGUCAAUGCAGUCACAUGUAUUUCACAAUAUACAUAAAUAUAUUCACAAUAUUACACGUAAUAAGAGUCUUAUUUUUGACAGCUGGUAAUAUUCGAAUGUUGUAUCUUAAUUUACAGCAAACG